AUGACCCAAAUUCCCGGAAGAUUGGCGUGUGCUUCAUCUUCCCCGACUCACGCAGAGCCAUACCGUGGCCACAUGGACCAGUCGAUUGUUUCCCACACCUCCGAGUCGAUCACCUCGCGCGCCCGCGCCCAGAGGUAUUUUGUGGCGCUCACUGGGGCAGCUUGCCGAGGCGAUCGUUUUGUCACCAAGAUAGGAGCUCUUGUCCAAGGCGAAUCCGCGCUGGGCAGCAAAGCUGAAGCGGGUAAAAACCAGCGCAAGUAUGUCCUCUUGGACAAACUCCGACUCGAUGUCGCUGAGGCCGAAGACGUCAUACUAUAUCCGGCGGGAUUUCUGUGCCGCCGUUCUCCUGCCGGACUGUUCGAGUUUGAAGUCGAGGCGCUCAGUGAAUUGUACGAAUGUUGCUCGGAUGCUUGGGGCUGCUGCGGUGGAUUGUCAGUUUGCGGCGGAGGCGGCGGUGCAUGCAAGGUCGUUGGGGAUACAUAG